AUGAUCAUCGUGCGGAUCCUCUACCGCCUGUACUUGGUCGGCGCCGCCCUCGGCUUUUGGGGCGCCGCAGACCCCGGCGCCGCGCCUGCGGGCUGGCAGCCGUGCGGCGGCGACGGCCGCUGCGGCGUUGCCCUGGUUCAGGGGAGGCGCUCCGGCCAAGAGGACCGCGCAAUUGUCCUGGCGGGGCGGCUGCCGCCGCCGGCGGCCGCAGCGUCCACGGGCAGCGGCCCGGCGGGCGCGGCGGGCGGGGCGACGGACGCCCUGUUUGCUG